AAUCACUGUGGGUUUUCAUCUUGAACUUGACAAUGACUUUUGGCAAGCAGAUCAUCCUUUUAAAUAGGAGCAGAUAGCAACCGGGGUCACUUUGGUCACCAGGAUUUUUCCAUCUUACUGGUGGUGAAGACAGGAAAACACAAAGUACCAAGACCUCCAUCCACAUUCUCAGAGAAACCACAGCAAGCUCCAAGCCUGCUUCUCUGCUGAUCUGCUGCAAACACAACGUUGAACCCAUCAUUGUGAACCUGUGACAAGCAAUGCCAAGUUAAUUUCCAGCCUGGUUGCCCAUAGUGGAGAAACUCUUCUGCCCAAAUCAGGAGGAAUUCUGCUUGGGUUGCAGAAUCUCCCUCAUGAUGAUGGAGAAGCUACAAAGUUCUGACACCCACAGAACUGGUCUGGACAAGAGCAAGAGAGAGAUCUUAAGGCAUACCAAGAGAGCAUGGGCACCUAUGGAUGGGCAUCCACUUUCUAGCUCUGAGGAGGAAAGCACAAUGAUCACCAUGCAUGUGCAAGAAAAUUCCAAGCAGGAAAGCAUCCAGCAGUGGCUGGACUCUGGAUACUUUGUCUCUGUAAAUGAAAACUUCCAGCAAGCCAUCAACCAUUCUGCUUCCUUGCACGAACAAGGGAUGGUUCAAAUGACCGUGAAAGACUACAUGAGAUCUCUGCACCAGUUCUCAGAGACGCCUACUCUGUCCAGAGGGACUAGUUUCAACUCGUGCUAUUCCACCACAGGUGUACCACAAAGCAUUCCUGAAUGGUUGAAAUUUUGGGAAAAAGACCCUGUGGAAAUUCUCUUGGAUCUGGGCUUUGGUGCUGAUGAGCCAGAUAUAUGCACACAAAUCCCAGCCAGAUUCCUUGGAUGCAGCUCAGCAGCCAGAGGAAUCAACAUCCGUGUUUUUCUUGAAGCACAGAGGCAGAGGAUGGACUUCGAGAAUCCUGACUUGUAUGGCAGGUUCCGACAGUUGGAAAUUCUGGAUCAUGUGACCAAUGCUUUCUCAUCUUUGCUGAAUGAUGUUAACACCACCCAGAGCCAAGAUGAAGAGAAAGUUGGAAGAGAGGGUGUGCAAAACCCCACAUCGAGUGGAGCUAAAGAGCACCGGAGAAGAAUGAGACAACUUUUAAAAAGAACUUCAAGACAGACCAUCAGGAGAGAUGUUAACUCAGCUCUGUCAGAAUCAUUCAAGAUGGAAGACGGGAUUUCUAGUCUGCCCACAAAGCCAUGGGAGUCUAGGCUGGGGCUACAAGUGGCUUCCACUAGCCAUGAUGGAAGUCAAGUGCUUUUUUCAACAGAACAUGGUUCUGCCCAAGUCUGCAAUGACUUGUCCCCUUGUCUCCCUCCACAUGAUCUUCUGGACAAGCAGAUGGCAAAACAGUCUCCUCAUACCAGAGUGCCUGAGGGGUCAGUCGGAAGGAAAAUUUGGAAGGAGAAAUGGAUUCCCAUGGACAAGUUCAAGAAUUUGUCUCACAUCGUGAGUAAAGGAGUGGACUCCUUUGAAAUGGAGGAGGUCCAAAGCUUUGACGAAGACACUGGCAACCCUCUUAACCUGAUUUCAGGAAUUGCAGGCUCCCGAGUGGACAGAACAAACAGCUGUCAGUCAGACAGCAGCGGAUUUUUGGAGGAGCUGCCAGAGCCCCAUCCCUUCCAGGUAUCUUCCUUGCCAGGAAACCAUAGUCCCACUGAGUGUAAAGGUAGCAAACCACGGGAUCAGAGUCAUGGGCCACCAUCAUGUCAUGAGUGUCAGCAAGAGUCCAGUGACUCUAAAUUCAAGAGCAUGGUGAGCUCAUCUUUUUCAAGUCAUGAUGGGAGUAUCUUGGAAAGAAAGGUCUCAGCAUCUGUGGAGGAGGAAGAGCUUCAACUUGAGGCCAUGGAAGGGCAACCAGAGAUAGUUAACCCAGACAUGACCCUCACCAAGACCAUGAUGGUGGGAGACUACCAGGAGAGUCUUGUUGGAACUGUAGUCACUUCUACAUGUGACAACACAAUGGGGAUCAUGGUGAAUCCUGUCACAGAAAAGGAAGAUAGGUAUCUGAGGCAUAAGGAUACUGGGAAAUUGCUGAUUCAAGGAUAUCACUUUGAAUCACCAAGGUCAUCUGGGAUGGAUCAGACUCCAGACAAUUUAUAUAAUGUGGACUCUGAGAUCCCAGGAACAGAGGACAGCAGCAAGGUCUGCCCUGACAGCAAGCAUAGUUCAGUGGUGCAAGAGAGGCUAACGCAGCCCUCUCAGCAGCACAGAGGAGCCAUGUCCUGGAGCGGUGACCUUGUUCGAAACUCUGAGACGUCAAUUCCCCACCUUGAUAAGCCACCUGGAGGUGCUCCCACUGACUCAAAUGCUGCCAGCUCUUGGUCUGUGACAACCCAGAUGUCCUACAAUCUGGUGUCAGCUGCUCAUAGUGUUUCAGAUUUGAGGACCUGCUACAAAGGAACAGCUUUGGAACACAGUCCCCGCGACCCUGUUAAUACCAUAGACCCGAGACUGCAGACAAAAGCAAAGCAGGUCAACGAUGUCGCUGUUCAGACUUGUGCAUAUGAAUGCAAGUCAAGUCCCUCAUAUAAGGCCUUAAAUCGUAGACACUGGCCCCUCACCAAAUCCAUCUCUUUGGACACAGGUUUUUCUAGCACCUCCCCCACAGACCUCUGCCACAUCAUACCUGCCCACUGUUGUGUCUACUGUCAUCACUGUCCCAACUGCCAGGGGAGAAGGCAAAGCCCUGGCCCAGAACCCUCUCUUUGCAGGCAUUUCCUGUACUCACAUGCAGAAGAUCCUGAAUCCCAGUUCAUGAAGACACUGAAGAUACUUCAGGACACUACUGUGAGGGACUUGUGUUCUUGCACAGUCUAUGAGAUGGAAACCAUGAAGAUGGUGUGCCAGAGUUUCCAGGAGCACUUAAAGGAAAUGGAGCAGCACUUCGUGGAACAGCAGGCACUCUUUCACAGGGACAUGUCAAAAGAGGAAAGAGAAGAGGCUGAGGACCUGAGGACUUUACGAGAGGCCCUGAGGCAGCAGGUUGCAGAGCUGGCAUUUCAGCUAGGAGACCGAGCCAGACAAAUCAAAGAAGGGAUCCUACUGUAUCUAGACGGACUCUCCGAGGAACUACCUGAACACUAUGCAAAUCUGCAACAGUGUAACUGGACAGAGGGAAGGCAUGGCCAGAGGUCAUGUGUUCAAACCCACACUGUGGCCCCUGAUUCUGUCCUUCCUGCCAGCUGUGGGCAGCAGACUCCCUGCUUGGGGGUGAUACAGCCAUUUGGUCUUGAUCACUCUGACCUUGAGAUCAGAGGUGGGAUGUCUCUACAGUCACCAGCUAUGACAGAGUCAGGUCCUGGUCGUUCAUCAAGCAGUUCUGGAGAGUAAACUUUGUUGUACCAGACAGAGUUUGAUGACCUUUGUACACGAUGGAAGCUCUCAGAGCAGCUCUAACCAGGGAAUCCAAAUCCUAUGUACCCAACCACUCUACGAUUAAAUUCAGAGCAUUUUAAUAUUCAAUGGUUACAUCAUAAGGAGUCAACCAGCAUGUGCCUGACUGGGGUAUGUUACAGUCACCGAGCAGCUUACGGCCUCUAUCCUGAUAGAUUAUAUGUCCUACCGGAAGACACAGAAUAUAAACACACAUAUGUAUCUAUAAUUAAACGUCAACAUUUUUAAAAAAUGGUCUCUACCCUAAUAGAACAUGUGUGUAUCUUAAUGAAGAAAGCCAAACACACACUUAAACUUAUAAUGAAAAAUCAAGAUAAAAAACAGUGUGACUUUAUUUUACGAAAGAUAAGUUUCUGAGUGUGCUCAGGUACCUGGAAGGCAUGUUCAGAGAUGUGAUAUCACUGAUGCUGGAGUCAGCUGUGAGCAAGACAGAAUGUCUGUGCAUCAAGAGUUGGAUAAAGUGAGAGAAACGAAACAACAAAUAAAUCCCAUUUCCACACGGACAGUUUGUGGAAGAGACACUCUGUGAGACGGGAGGAAAGUGCCCUGGGGACCUCAUCUGGGACAGCUAUUAGGAAAAGCUUGAAGGUAAGAAGCUGGGAGCCCUAGAGAGUUCAAACUCAAGAAACUGGCAAGCAGAAGGGCAUAAGGCUCAAGAGUUGGGGUGUAGAAAUGUCAUUUUGCCAACUGUCGUGGAUGAGAGUGAGGAUCUAAGUGAGGACCCUGAUUCCCUUCAGGUCAUGGUCAGGAAUCUAAGAGCAUGUAGUCUUUCAGGUGCAACAGAAAGUCUCCAUAAGUGGGAACCAUUGAUUUUAUAGCGUCCUAGCUACCUUUCAUAAUCACAAAAAGAUACCUCCAUGGAAACUACAGAGGAGAAGAGAGGCUGCUGGCUACAAGCCUAUUGCUUAUUGUUGUUCCUCACGUCAAAGACAAAAGUUGUGCAGUUGUUUUCAUCCGGCUUUGGGAACAGCAUGGCUCCUACUACAGGAAAACUGCAUCAAGGUGGCUACAAAAGCCAAACAAUGACAGGAGUGAGGAACAGAUGAAAAACGAGAGUCACAAACAGCAUCCUGGGCACCCUUGAGGGGAGCUUCCUGUUUGUGGGAGAGGUUGCAUGAGCAGAGGACACUUCCUAGCUAGGAACCUAAGACAAUAAUAGUCCUUUGGAAACCGUCCACUAGCCUGUUUCAUUCCUUAUUGUCCUGCUGUGGUUGCUAUGACUUCAGCGAGGCCCUGAUUCCUGCGGACCAUCCACUGUCUCCCCUACUGUAUCUGCCAGAAUGUGGACAUCUCUGUUCACACAUUUUCCUCAGCGUCCGUAUGCAUAACUCGGCCUCAGUGCCAACCCCUUCCAAAACGCCAGCUUUUCAUCUUCUUGCCACACACACUCAAAUGAAGUAAUCUGCCUUGUCUCAUUGCGUUCUUGACUGGCACCUCAGGAGCAGUCGCCGCAUCACUGCUGCAUUUUGUCGUGGUGUGGCUUCCAGAGUUCCCCAUAACCAGGUGAUGGCACAAUGCCUUUAGCUUUCCUCUCUCUGAGCUGCCUUGGCAACUGGGAAACUGUCUCUGCCAGGCACCAAUGGGGUCAUGUUUCCCUGACUCGGGGAGAGGACCUAAGAAGUGAUACGUCAGAGAACUAAGAGAGUCAUCCCAAGACUAUGAUCCAGAGCAUAUGUUUCUCCGGCCUGGAAUCACUACCCCCUUUCCUUUCUACUGCUCUCUUACUUUCCUGAACGCACAUCCCUCUUCUGCUUCCCACAUUAUGGUACGACUUCCAGCCCUUAACUAACUCCUAAUUGCUUUUUAACAUCAUAAAUUUCUUCGUUUUCUGUACUUUCAACAUUCUUCUUGGUUCAGACUUGAGCUGCAUCUGCCUGCAGCAUUUGAGCCUGUGCUUCCUUCCUUGGACUGCCUACUACCCUGGCAGCCAUGCGCAUUACGGUCUCAAGCCCUACUUUGUUCUUAUGUCAAUCUGAAAUGCUGGUCCUCUGAGCCACCUUAUAUAUUCUUACAUCCCUUCACAUCACAGGCUCUGUAUGCACAGAUUCAACCGGUCACAGUUCAGCGAUAUUAAUAAGAGAAUCACAUAUGCAUUAUAGACAUUGCUCUUGCCAUCAUCCAACUAUUUUGUAACAUAUAUAUUCUUUUAUUAGACACUACAAGUAAUCUAGGGAUGAUUUAAAGAGUUCAAAGUAUGCAGAUGUGUGUGUUUCGUGCAAACACUGUAUUGCUUAGCAUAAGGGUUAUUGGGCAGAAUAAAUGCAGUAAUUGGUUGCAGUAAUUAACACAGUAUCCCUCAGAGAGUAAAUGCUCAAUAUAUGUUGACUAUUAUUGAUGCAAAGGCCAAUACAUCAGUAAGUCCAAUGUGAUUAUUACCUUCGUUCUGUUGAGAAGAGGGUCUGGGAGCAAAGCCACUUACCCUGGAAGAAUAUUAACAAAUGCCUGAGGAAUGGACAAGCAGAAUAAAGUAGUGCUCUCAAGAGACAGGGAAGAGGAUGACCUCAUCUCAGAAGCAAUACCAUUUCAAGCUGUAGGAGGAACUAUUUUGCACUUAAAAGGUAAUGUGUGUGGACCAUUUCAGCCAUCAGGCAGAUGACUUCAGGUGUGAAGGAGGAGAGAGAGGCCCACAGUUUGGAUAAAGAAAGGCAAAUGGAAUCCCCAAAGAGCUCUACAUAGUCAGAGACUAAUUCUCUAACAAAGAAGAUAAAAGGGAGUAAAACAUAGAAAGGCUUCUAUGUCCUACCCAGAACUUUAUUGUCUUCAAUGACUGAUGGGCUGAUUGCCAAAUAUCACCUAGAAUUCCAGCCCUUGGCCUUCACAUUCAGACUGAUUGUAAUCACCGGCUUUCCUGGUUUAUGUGAUAAGCAUUUUAUCUCCAGCUGAUUCUGCUUUUCUGGAGGACUCUGAUAGUGAGAAAGAGCUUGAAGAUCUUACGGAAAAAAAAAAAAAAAGCUUGACUUAUAAAAAGGUAUGCUGAGGCCUAGGUUUGUUAAUAAGAAGCAAUUGAACUCUGACAAUAAAUCUGAGGUUUGAUCCAAUUUUACGACUAAUUAUUUGUAUUUAAUAAACUAAGCUCUAUAGAUCUCAAGGUCAUUGCCUAUAAAUUAACACAGAUGAUGCUUAUUCAGCCCUUAGCUAAAGCCUGGAAUGUUGCCAAGGCUCAGGAAGUAAAGACGGUGUUUGUCAUUAGCAGAAUGACAAGAAUAAGAGGAGUAGUGCCAUUGGUUGACCACCUUACCCUUAGCUGAGUGCUGCAGUAUCUUGUCACAUUUCUCCACAACGAAAUUCCAAAGCAGAAACUCACCUAUGCAUAUCACCACACACACACACACACCCCAAGACUAAACUGUCAGGGGUAUGGGCACUAGUAGGGGAUUAAGCAGACACUAAUUCACUGAUUUUCUAGAACAAAAAUGUAUCUCUUUUAUUUUAUUGAUUUUUAUCGAGCUCUACAUUUUUCUCUGCUCCCCUCCCUGCCUCUCCCCUGCCCUUCAACCCUCCCCCAAGGUCCCCAUGCUCCCAAUUUACUCAGAAGAUCUUGUCUUUUUCUACUUCCCAUGUAGAUUAGAUCUAUGUAGAUUAGAUCUCUUUAAGACUCUGUCAAGCCUUGAGAGUUUAUGUGGAGCUCACUAAUGGGCCCAACUCAACCAGAGUAACUCUGUUUUGCUCCAGGUAAAUACUCACUGCUUAGAAAAGCUUGAAAAACUUUGCCCACUGACUACAUUUGACUUUUGCAAUGAAAUAGGUUCUGUUGCUUUCAUAUAAAAUGUUUUCCACAACAUAGAAAUCAUUUUAGCAACGUUUAGCUCAUAACUGCUGACACACUGUCAAGAUAAUAACAAGAACCUCUUUGCAUUUUCUGAAUGACACCAAACUGUUUUCUGUUUUCUCUUAUAUGUUGAUCUUAUCCACGAUAACUCUUGAGGAGAUCUUAGAUCGUGUAUUUAUAAACAAAUAAAUAUAGAAAAACCAUUGUAAUACCUUCAGGAACUGAAUAACACACAUACACUCUCUCUCUCUCUCUCUCACUCUCUCUCUCUCUCUCUCUCUCUCACACACACACACACACACACACACACAUCCUUUACAUGAAGCUGAAGCUACUUUAUCUAAAAUUAAAAAAGAAAAGAAUAAACAGACUUCCAAUUUAGAAAUCUGCCAAGAACAACUUGGCCUCUUUUGUGUCAUAUUUCAGGGAUCUUCCUUGUGGAUUUUACCCCCUGCAGAUUUCAGAACUCAAAGCUGAAAGCCUUGAUUAGAAGGUCUAAUUUCAGAAAUAUCAGUUGGACUUCAAGUCACAUAUUUUCUUUGGUUUUGUUAUGCUUGAACGUAGAUUCAAGUUGUAUGAUGGAGAAAAAGAAAACAACCUUGAAGGUUGUUCUCAUCCAGAACUUAUGCAAAGACCACAAAGAUUUGUGUAAAGAAAUUCAUGUUUUAGUGCACAGAAGGAUAUUCUUCAGAAGCAUGUCUCACAAGAUUUUUGUGCACUGAACAUGUAAAGACUGUCUAAAGCUUUCUUAGUUCUAUUUAUUUUUCUGUAGCGUCAAACCUUAGUUUUCUUCCAAAGAAAAUAAUUUUGCUAACACUGAAAA